GCAGGUGCGGGGGGUUAUGACUGUGAAGCUGCUGGAUUAUAAAACACCUUUCGGUACCAGCCAUUGGGGUUUUCGGUUGAACGCAGAUUUAAAGCUUUCCGCAAGAGACAUGACGUAGGCUGGAGGUAGCGGUGAUGUAAUAUGACACCUGCUCGCUGCUUGGAAUGGAAUCAGACAUUGGCUGCUGCGGACACUUCCAGGAUGCAAGUAUUUAAACGAAUGUUUAUGAGUUAGCCACCCAACAGGCUACACUCCAGCUUGCAGAACAAGAAUACGGCUGUUUUACUAUUCGGCAGGAGAAGAGGGAAUACAAAAAGCGGAAUCCAAAGAUUCAGGAGAGCGUUUGUAAGCGGCCGUUUCUAAGAUGUUUUCUGAUCUGGAUUAUGACUACGAAGAGGACAAACUGUGAGUGGAAUUGGUUAAAAUAACAUUACAGGAUUUUCUGGAUCAAGCUUUGCGUUUUCUAAAUCUCAACUGAAUAACGGCAAUGGCCCUAAGACGAGAUGGUGGGAUCCCAACAGUCCCUGGGACAGUAACCCUCAAAAAGGACUCUCAGAAUGUGAUUGGGAUCAGCAUAGGCGGUGGAGCCCAGCACUGCCCCUGCUUGUAUAUAGUGCAGGUAUUUGACAACACCCCAGCUGCCUUAGAUGGCACCAUCGCAGCAGGAGAUGAAAUAACUGGUGUGAAUUCCAAAUCUGUUAAAGGCAAAACCAAAGUAGAAGUGGCAAAGAUGAUUCAGAAUGUAAAGGGAGAAGUGAUUAUUCACUACAACAAGUUACAAGCUGAUCCCAAGCAAGGGAAGUCUCUGGAUAUUGUCCUAAAGAAGGUAAAGCACCGGCUGGUGGAAAACAUGAGCUCGGGCGCGGCAGAUGCACUGGGUUUGAGUCGGGCCAUCCUGUGUAAUGAUGGUUUAGUCAAAAAACUGGAAGAACUUGAAAAAACUGGGGAAUUUUAUAGAGGUAUGAUGGAGCACACCAAGCGCCUCUUAAGAGCCUUUUUUGAGCUUUCUCAGACACACAGAGCUUUUGGGGAUGUGUUCUCUGUCAUUGGAGUGAGGGAACCGCAGCCAGCUGCAAGUGAGGCUUUCGUCAAGUUUGCAGAUGCACAUCGUAGCAUUGAAAAGUUUGGGAUUGGCCUUCUAAAGACCAUUAAACCGAUGCUGAACGACUUAAACACUUACCUUAAUAAAGCAAUUCCUGACACCAGGCUCACCAUCCGGAAAUACCUUGAUGUAAAAUUUGAAUAUCUGUCAUACUGCUUAAAGGUGAAGGAAAUGGAUGAUGAAGAAUACAGCAGCAUUGCCUUGGGAGAACCAUUGUAUCGUGUUGGUACUGGGAACUAUGAAUAUCGGUUAAUCCUGAGGUGCCGGCAAGAAGCACGUACGCGCUUUGCAAAGAUGAGGAAAGAUGUCCUAGAGAAGAUUGAACUGCUUGACCAAAAGCAUGUGCAAGAUAUUGUGUUCCAGCUGCAACGGUUUGUUUCAACCAUGUCCAAGUACAAUGACCAGUGCUAUGCAGUACUCAAAGAAGCGGACAUCUUCCCGAUUGAGGUGGACUUAGCCAAAACAACUCUGGCCUGUGGUCAAGGAGAAACCUUUACAGACGGAACAGACGAGGAGGAAGAAGAUCAGACUGAGAAGAGAAAGGAGGAAGAGAAUGGGGAGAAACUGAUUGAUGAUGCAUAGACAUUUGUUUUGUCAUUGGAAAAUGAAGGAGACUUGAUAUCAAGUUUAUAUUAUUUGUUUUUAUUGUUCUGCCUUUUGCAAGUGCAGUGGUAAAGCAUUCACUGAAUAUUAAGUGAUGAUCUGCGGAGGUGUAGGGCACGACCCCUAAACUGGAGCGGAGUCAUCCGUAUGAGAAGGAAUCUUCUGUAAUGAAGUCGUUUCAGUUAAUGCUUGAAAAGAUCCUGCACAUUGUGCCUGCUUUUGCAGUAUACUCACUUCCAACUUUCAUCAUUCACUUUAUUUCUCUUUGAAUUAAGGCUUCAUUUCCACAGUCGAUAAGUUUUAGAGUUGCUUCUUCUUGAGCAAACUGUUACAUGGUUAAGACUUAUUUCCUAUAUGAACUGUUCCCUCUGCAUCACUGGUUCAGUUAUAUGGAAGAGGGGUCCCAUAAAGUUGUGCAGAUCUAAUUUAGCUCAAACAUUCCUUACAUCACGCAGACGUUUGUCCUGUGUUACUGCUUUUGUAUGUUCCUGGGCCUUUUAUGCACCCAUGAGGCCUGUGCUGUGGUUGUGUUUUGUUGCAUUGCAGUUUAUUCAAUUGCGAGGUAUAUAAUAAUUAGUCCAAGUCAUCCUUUGGCUCUGUCCCCACGUGGGUUGUGAGCAGCACUGAACACGGGGUACUUGAUGUAUCCCCCCAACACCCCCCGUAUUAAGCUAGUCAUACAUCUUUAGAUGUGCCUGUUUGCUGGUGUUGCCUAAUGAGUGGAUCUUCCCCUAAUUUGUCUGCCAAUGCUCUGGGUAAAGUUGGUAUGAUCUGAUUAUUUGGCCUCCUUAUACUGGUGAUAUAGGGAGAACUAUUAUAAUACUAUCCUUUCCCAAAAGGAUUUGUGACCUGCCAGAUAUUGGUUGUACAGGGUGUCCUAUACAUUGGAUAUUAAAUUACUAACUUGGUCUGGAGAGUAAAGAUUGUUUACGACAAUCUUAAAGGGGGUUGUUCACCUUUGAGUUAACUUUUAGUAUGAUGUAGAGAGUGAUAUUCUGAGACAAUUUGCAUUUGGUUUUCAUUUUUUAUUAUUUAUGGUUUAGGAGUUAUUUUGAUUUUUAUUCAGCAGCUCUCCAGUUUGCUAUUUCAGCAAUCUGAUUUCUAGGGUCCAUAAUACUCUAGCAACCAAAGGGUUGGACUGGGGGGCCCAACGGGACUACUGUCCAGGGCCCCCCUCCGGACCCCCUGAUCCCACUACUGUGGCACACAUGCACGAACGUUACUGCAUGGCACCGUAUAUUUUUUUAUUUUUUAGUAGGACCAGUAAAUCGGGAGAGGGGGUCUGGCUGGCGGGACGAAUAAUUCCACCGGCACACAGGUCUUUAGUUGCAAGCAGGGAUAACCCUUGCUGUAUUUUUAUUUGCGUGAUGCAACGUUUCGGGGUGAUCUCCUUUGUCAAGCAUCUGGCCGGCGGGCCCAUGAGAGCCGGGGCCCAACAGGUUUUUUCCCGGUGUCCCGCUGGGCCAGUCCGAUCCUGAGCAACCACUGAUUUCAAUAUGAGACUAGAAUAUGAAUAGUAGAGGACCUGUAAAAAUAAAUACAUUUAUAGCCUUACAGAACAUUUGUUUUUUUUAGAUGGGGUCAGUGACCCCCAUUUGAAAGUUGGAAAGACUCAAAAGAAAAAGGAAGAAAAUUCAAAAAGUAUAAAAAAAAAUAAAAUUAUAAAGACGAAUUGAAAAGUUGCUUAGAAUUAGCCAUUCUACAACAAACUAAAAGUUAUCGUAAAGUCUCCAUCAUUGUCUCCAUCAUAAAGUCUCCAUCAUUUAAGUCUCCAUCAUUGUGGAUUAAUUGAACCAGUUGUGGAGAAACACUGGAAAGUCCUGCAUGGUGAUCAGAGCUCAGUGCUUGUGGGUACAGCUGCUAUUUUUGAAGGAAUGAAGACAGGUGCCUGCAACAGAACCAUAUAGAUGUUUUAUUUCUGAUGAGUUUAUUCUGCUACAGUCCGGCACUGAUUGUUAUAUCGAUUUUUAUUCUGCUACUAGUGUGCCUGUGGGAUGCACUGAAUCCAGGAUUUGGUUCGGGAUUCAGCCUUUUUCAGUACGAUUUAGAUUCGGCCAAAUCUUUCUGCCUGGCCGAACCAAAUCCUAAUUUGCAAAUGUUUUCCACUUCCCACCCUUAAUUUGCAUAUUCGGAUUCGGUUCAGUAUUCAGCCAAAUCUUUUGCGUAGGAUUCGGGGGGUUUUGCCGAAUCCAAAAUAGUGGAUUCAGGGCAUCCCUAGAUACAAGGUGCCAUAAAGCAGCAGCGCCUGACCAAAGGGACAAAAUAAUUGUCUGCACCUGAUCUAAUUACCCAGAUUAUUUGUGUGUAUUUAUUGAAAAAAAUAACUAUUUAAAAUGGGAUGUACAAAGUUCAAAAUCUUGUAGGAUGUUGUAAAGAUGUAUAGAAGGGUGCGACUGUAUAUGUAUAGCAAAUGGUAUAUUCAUGGCUCAGAGUUGGCAAGAGCAAAAGGACAUUGUACAUUCUCUGCUAAUCUAAUCUAGAAAUAGCAGGCUGCACACUUGUACUGAUAAUAGCAUUCAUCUCAUUUCUGAUCAUGGGGCUCUUACAGCCCCCCACUUUUAUCCAAUGAAACGUUUCAUUCGCCUGGAUUAAGUAUGCAGCUUUGGGGUGCUUGGUGGUGGGGAGGGAGGUAUUGAAACGAUUAUGCUUACUCCACGCUAUCUUUGUUUUAUUCAGAAGGAAAAUAAAAGUUGACAGGCUCUGAUUUAUUACAGAGGAUUUGGCAAUGGGAAAAAAAAUUAUUUUCUGGUGUCUCCAAAGCAAAACCUUUAAAUUAAAUAAAUAUGAUGUAGAGAGUGUUAUUCUGAGACAAUUUGCAGUUGCUUUUCUUUUUUUAUUAUUUGUGAUUUUGGAGUUAUUUAGCCUUUUUAUUCAGCACCUCUCCUGGUUGCCAGGGCUGGAUUUCCGUUUUUACUGCCCCUAGACCGCCUAGGUCCUAGCCCCCUCGUUCCCACGCCCCCUUCGGUCGCAUGCGCUGGCCACCAGGCCCUAG